AGAAUUUUAUUUAAACAUUAUUAAAAAAAGUGAAAAAUGUCUCGUAGACAAAGCAGCGGCUUUACCGGUGCAAACGCGAUUCCCUUGGGAACGAGGAACAAAGCCAUCGGAGCAAAACGAGGAUUCUCGUCCUCUCCUCCAAGGGAGGAUGAACCAAAAAAAGGCAUGGGUUCCGUAGCAGCCAGCAAUAAUGCUACCAUAGCUCUCAAAGCUGCACAGGCUGCUGCUGCCAACCUGGCCAAACUUGCACAGAGAAACAACGCAGUAGCUGGAGGUCAAACAGCUGGUGGCGGAAAUAACUGGAACCAACCUCAAGCCCAACCCAAACCUCAAGAGAGCCAGGAGGAUCGCGGAAGACCCAAGAAGAAGAGGAGCAGGUGGAGCAGCGCUGCUGUGAAAACCGAGAUCCCUGGGAUGCCAGCUUCAGUGUCCUCCAAUCUAACUCCUCAUCAGCAGAGAGCAUAUAUAGUUCAGCUACAGAUAGAAGAUGUGUCAAGGAAACUGAAGUGUGGCGAUCUCGGCAUACCAGCGAAUCCAGAAGACAGAUCCCCGUCUCCAGAGCCAAUUUACAACGGGGAGGGGAAGAGGAUGAACACACGGGAGUACCGGACUCGAAAGAGGUUGGAGGAAGAGCGACACAGACUCAUCAUCAAAAUGCAGGACAUCAACCCAGAGUAUAAACCACCCAUGGACUACAAACCCCCACAGCAGCGCAUCAGUGAGCGUGUAAUGAUUCCUCAGGAUCUCAACCCUAACAUUAACUUUGUGGGUCUUCUGAUUGGUCCGAGGGGCAACACGUUAAAAAAGAUUGAAAAAGAUAGCAACUGCAAGAUCAUGAUCCGAGGCAAGGGAUCAGUGAAAGAAGGAAAGAUCGGACGCAAGGAUGGCCAACCUCUUCCAGGAGAAGAUGAACCUCUUCAUGCUCUCGUCUCCGCCAAUACAAUUGAAUGCGUGAAAAAGGCAGUUUCUGAGAUCAAUAAAAUCAUUAAACAGGGAAUAGAGCAACCAGAAGAAGAUAAUGAUCUUCGAAAACUACAACUUAUGGAGCUUGCUAAGUUAAAUGGAACACUACGAGAAGAUCUUAUGCCAAAAGAACGCCAAUGGUUGAAACCAGAGAACCAGAACAUUACGAACACCAUGAUUUGCACCAAGUGUGGUGGCCGUGGCCACUUGGUGCAGGAUUGCCGUUCAGAACAUUCAAGCAGUCAACUACAGCAAGUUGAUGGAUCCGGUAAUGUUGACCGUGCUAAAAUGGACAGCGAGUACCAAUCCUUAAUGGCUGAGUUGGGAGAAGGUCCUCCAUCUAGUGGUGGGAACAACUCUUCCGGCGGAAGCCAGAUGAGCGGUGGAUCCAGCCGUGGAGGUUUUAACAACUUCCAGGGAGGUCAGAGUAGAUUCCAAAGUCAAAGACCCCCAUGGAUGGGUCCUCGGGGACCCCCACAUUUUGGGGGACCUGGCGGUGGUCCAAGACAGAGGUUCAGCAACUCAGGUCGUGGGGGGUUUGGUAGCAACAGGUGGGUGAAGUGGAAAUUAUGUUUGUGUUUUUUAUUCACUUGUAUUUAUAUUAUAUUUAACUUUUGUUUUGUUUAUGUAGUGGGUCUGGGGGGAGUUAAUUUCACCCAACCACCCCCACCACCUCCAAGCAAUGCCCCACAACCCCCACCCCCACCAAGUUCGGGAGCGAGUGGGAGCGCCCCACCAUGGCAACAAUGGGGGGGAGAACAGGUGGAUCAGUCGAAAAAUCAAAAAGGGGGAAGUUCGCAAGGAAGUAACCCUGUCAGCAGUACUGCUGGAAACAUUUCCAUGAGCAUGGGAAUGGCGGGCAUGGACGGAUCGAAUAUGAUGGCCAUGGGUGGCUACAAUAUGGGCAUGUGGGGUAUGGCUGGUGGCAUGGGUAGCAAUGGUGCACCUCCACCAAUGCCUACUGGUCCUGGCCCUGUUCCCCCUCCCCCACCUGGGGGUCAGAGCGCUGGUCAAGACGCUGGUAUGGGUGGCAUGGAUUAUUCUAUGGGAAUGAAUAUGGGUAUGAUGAAUUAUGGCAUGCCAGCCCCACCCCCACCACCCCCUCAGUAGGGGUUUUGUACCAGCAGGUCAUUGUGUAACAGCUGCAGCAGUGUGUACAGAGUUCUCUCCGGGAUUUUGGCUUGAUUUCCUCUCUUUUGCCGUGCAGGUUGCAGAAAAUGCUUGCUGUAUGGAUAAGUGGAAAUUUACGCGUUCAAUCAUUCCUAUUUAAUUCUAGUUUGGUGUAAAAUCACACAGCAAAAGACUCUUAGAGAAAUUGUCUUUGGAAUUUGGUGUUUCUGCCCGCAUUCUUUCGUUUUUAUUAAAAAGCGUGUACAUAACUUGUCAUUCGUGACAAAAAA